AUGGUGGAUCUGAACCCGGUUGAGAAACCGAUGCUAGAAGAUGGCCGGACGGCACUGCACUACGCCGCUUCGACGGGCGACAGUGGCUCGGUCGCCGAACUAUUGGCCGCGGGGUCCGUGGACGCCAACGCCCAGGAUGCGGUCGGUUAUUCGGCAGUGCAAAUCGCCGCGGCCGAAGGUCACCUGGACGUGCUGCAGCUGCUGUUGCGACACGACGCCAACGUUAACCUGCACGACAACCUGCAUGGCAAUACGGCCCUGCACGAGGCUAGCUGGAAAGGUUACAGCAAAACAGUGGCGUUGCUCGCAUCUUCCGGCAGUGACUUGGACCGCAAGAAUUAUGGCGGAUCGUCUGCAUUGCAUUUGUGCUGCCAGAACGGACACAACCAAAGCUGUCGGGAACUCCUACUCACCGGAUGUGAUCCGGAUGUCCAAAAUAACUAUGGUGAUACGCCACUUCACACAAGCGCCAGGUAUGGACACGCUGGAGUACUGAGAAUAUUAAUAAGUGCUCAGUGUAAAGUUUCCGAACAAAAUAAAAAUGGUGAUACGGUACUACAUAUUGCCGCAGCUAUGGCCAGGAAGAAAUUAACUAAAAUAAUUUUGCAAGCUAAAUGUAAUAUUGCAUUAAAAAAUAAGCAAAAUGAAACUGCCAGAGAUAUAGCAGAACGUAAAAAUUUGACUGAUAUUUUAGAAAUUUUAAAGAAUCCCAUGUACAAAAAGAAAGGUAGCAGUUCAAAAACGAAAAAAGAUUCAAAGGAUAGUAAAAAACGAACCGAUAAGAAUAUUAAAAAACAAUGGUCCCCCUACGGUUGCCAUUAUUUUCCGGAUACCAAGGAGUUCCCGAAACCAAAGUUGAACUCAUUGCCUGAAGAACCCUUACAUGCAGGUGAACAAUAUUAUCUAGACUUGGCUGGAAACAUUAGAAAAGGACCAGUAGGAGUAGGGUACACAUGUUAUUGUGCGCCCUUUUUCAAGGAAUUAGAAGCUCGAUUGGACCACAAUACGAAAAAAUUAAAACGGCAGAUUUGUCGUACCGAAGAUAAUAUUAAUAGGAGAUUGUGUUCCGUUGAGAAACAGCUGAAGCGAUCAAAUGAAAAGCUUCAAGAGGUGGCUGAAGAAGUGAGCGACAACGACAGCGAGUUGGAGAACCGGUUUCGAACAGAAUGUGCUAUUGAUACCACGGUCAUGGACCCAAACUUACGAUGGCGAUUGGACUAUCUGACAGCUCGACGUCACGAUGAUAUACCAUGUAAUGAUUCUGGAUAUAGCACCAAAAUGUUUAGUAACUCCCAAGGCCCAUCACCUUCGUUGUCCAAUUUAAUGGAAAAUGGCACUGUACCUGUCAUAGAAAACAGUAAAAUGCCAAAAUCAUUAAGUGUAUUACCUGACAACAACAACAUGGAAAGUAUUGUAUGA